AUGUCCCUGGGGGCUCCUGGUGACGUCACUGGAAUUCCCUGCGGGGGGGUAGGAAAUUUCCGAGCGCGGCCGGUACGUCACUGGGGGCGGCGCUCGCGGCGGGGGGGGGGGUCCCUGGGCCGGCGCGGGGCUCAGCCAGACGGACGCGGCCGGGGCCCCAGACACACGGACGGGCUGGAUCGGGCGGUGAGCGACCCUGGGGCCGGGCCGGAACCUGAGGGGCUGGAUGGGCAGAAGGCAUCCCCUCCCCCCACCGAGAUGAGCUCAAUAAUCUUCAGCCCCUGGGGCAGCGCCCAGCUGCGCUCGGCUCCCAGCCCCACCCAGCAGGGGGAGCCGGAGGGGUCCCUGGGGGGAUCCCGGUGCGGUUGGUGCGAGCAGCUGGCGGAGCAGGGGCACAGGAGGGGCUGCGGGCACCGCGUCUGCAAAGAGUGCGAGCGAGACUCGAGCAGGGCCGGGAUCCUAUCCUGUCUUCAGUGUUUGGAGGACCAGGGAAAGCAGCUGCUCAACGACCUGGACCGAGUGCACCAUCAGCAGGCUGGGAUGGUGGAGGAGGGCAAGUCCCACCGGCGCCUCGUGGUGGAGCUGUUGCAGGGGCCGCAGGAGGCCCGGGGGCGGCUGGACCAGCGGCUGGCCGAGGUGGAGGCGCAGCAGAAGACCUUGCAGAACAUCGUGACGGUGCUGAGCCGGGAGAUGGGCCGGCGCGAGGGGGCCAGAGGCUCGGCCGACGUCCUGGGGGAAGCCAUGGCCCGCAUCCUGUACCUGGAGGAGAAGGUGGCCCAGCAGGACACACUCCUGGCCCUCAAGGACGUGAUGAUCAGCAACCUGGGGGCCCGGGUCGAGGCCCUGGAGCAGACCUCCUACAACGGGCAAUUUCUCUGGAGGCUCCCUGACAUCGGGCGAAAGAUGCAGCAAGCCCUUUCCAGACAGACACCAGCCCUCACCUCUCCCCCCUUUUACACCGGCCGCUACGGCUACAAACUCUGCCUCAAGGUUUACCUCAACGGGGACGGCACCGGGGCCGGGACACACAUCUCCCUCUUCUUGGUGCUGAUGAGGGGCGAAUACGAUUGCUGGCUCAAAUGGCCUUUCCAUCACAAGGUCACCUUCACGCUCCUGGAUCAAGUCGGCGAGCGUCACGUCUCGAGCUCUUUCCGACCGUCGGAAGCCUCCUCUUCCUUCCAGCGGCCUGUGAGCAACUGUAACAUAGCCAGCGGCGUCCCUGAAUUCUUCCCGCUGUGCCAGCUCCAGGCCCCGGAAGCCACCUACAUCCACGAGGACACCUUAGCCUUCAAGGUCCUGAUCGGCGACACCAACCUCUAGGGUGGGGCAGAUCGCCUGCGGCUCACGGGACUGGGGCUUGGGCCUCACUCGGGCCUAGAGACAUAGCCGACAGCUUGGACUCCUGGGUUGGCGUCUUUCAAGAUGGCUGCCCACACCGCCUCUCCCCCGCCAAGCCUUCACCCCAGAUGGCUGCCCACACCGCCCCUCCCCUGCCAAGCCUUCGCCCCAGAUGGUCACCAAGACUUCGCUUCCCCUCCAAUGGCUUCAUCUAAGAAGCUGGCCAUGAAAAGUGGAGGUUGACCCUUCUUGGUAACCACCAUGGAAGAGGUUUUCAAGACAAGAUGACCCUGAAGUCUCUUCCAAGAUGGCCACCCAUGAAUAGGUUCUAAGCUCCUUUGAAAGCUUAGUCCAAGACAGUGGCUGCGAUUAAUGGAGGAUGAGCCCUCGGGGAAGCCAUCUUGGAAGAGACGAAGGUGGAGGGAGACCCUUAAGUGUCGUCCAAGAUGGCUGACCGCGGGGGGCUGUUGUGGCAGCCACCUUGGCAGCUGUUCUGACAGUGAAGGGAGAUGUAGGAUGAUUCUCCAGCUGGUGGCCCCCACCUAAGGUCUCCCUCACCCAGGGAGGGUCAGCUAUGGGGAGAUCCCCCCCACAGAGCCCCAUAAACACAAAGCCCCCCCUCCCACAGUAUGGAGCUCGCUUUCAAUGCCUGCAGUUCCCCCCACACCUCAGAGACCAGCUGCACAGCCGUUCCUGGGGGGUUUGUUGACCAGCUCUUAUUUUUGUAGACCCUACACAAAAUCACACUGAACGCGACCUCAGCAGCAAUGUGCCAAGCAGCUCUGGGCUUUUCGGGAGUCUGAUUAUCCCGCUGGGACAGGGAACAGGAUAGCCAGAAAUGGGGCGUUUUUGUUUUCAAUACGCCAAAGCAGACUGGAAUAUUUAAGAGGGAAAAUAUUUGUAAUUGAAUUA